GCCCGCCCCUCCGCGCGCACACUCUGGUUUUAAUUUGGAAAAUCCUCCUCUUCCGUCCGCCUUCCCCGCUUUCUCAUCUCUCCCUUUCCUCCGCGGAUAACACUGGGACUCCGCGUCUGGCGUAGCUGGUGCGCAUCGGGAGGGCGGGUUAAUUGGAAUUCUUCAAAAUGUCAGUACCUACAGCCUCUGAGAAAACUGAGGGUGAAAUGGAAAAUCAGAUGAAAUUGCCAGACCCCAUGCCUGCUGCUCCUCCUGACUACAAUUCUCAUUUUGUACCAGGACCCCCAGGAGAAGCUGCUCCCCUACCUACAGGCUACCCAGCAGGCUUGCCUAUAGGAUACUAUAGUCUGCAGCAGCCCAGUACCUUCCCCUUGUACCAGCCAAUUGGUACUGCUUAUCCCAUCCAAUAUCAACCUGGCAAAUAUCCUAUGCCGAAUCAGCUUGCUCCAAUAACAUGGAUGCCAGGACCACCUCCUAUGCCAAACUGCCCUCCAGGUCUGGAAUACUUAGCUCAGUUGGACAACAUACAUGUUCUUCAACAUUUUGAGCCUCUGGAAAUGAUAACACAUUUUGAAACUAAUAACAGAUAUGAUAUUAAAAACAACGCAAACCAGAUGGUUUACUUUGUAACUGAAGACACCGAUGACUAUACCAGGAAUGCCUACCGGACAUUAAGGCCCUUCGUCCUUCGGGUCACUGACUUCAUGGGACGAGAAAUUAUGACAAUGCAGAGGCCUUUCAGAUGCACCUGCUGCUGCUUUUGUUGCCCCUCGGCCAGGCAAGAGCUGGAAGUGCAGUGUCCUCCUGGGGUCACCAUUGGCUUUGUGGCAGAACAUUGGAAUUUGUGCAGGGCAGUCUACAGCAUCCAAAAUGAGAAGAAAGAGAAUGUAAUGCGAGUGCGUGGGCCAUGCUCAACCUAUGGCUGCGGUUCAGAUUCUGUUUUUGAGGUUCAAUCCCUUGAUGGUGUAUCCAACAUUGGCAAUAUCAUUAGGAAGUGGAACGGUUUGUUAUCAGCAAUGGGGGAUGCUGACCACUUUGACAUUCACUUCCCGAUGGACAUGGACGUGAAGAUGAAAGCUAUGAUUUUUGGAGCUUGCUUCCUCAUUGACUUCAUGUAUUUUGAAAGAUCUCCACCACAACAUUCAUCAAUCUAGAGAGACACGGCAAAUCAUCAGUUAUGGAAAAUAUAAACAUUGCAUUAGGCUGAGAGUCAACCUCAAUUACUUGCAAGUAUAGUUCUCUGCUUUGCAGCCUGUUUUUAUUGGAUGUUAGCUUUGGCAGAUAGGCUAAGAGCUUGUGCAACAACAUGAUCUAAAUAUGUUUGAAUUGAGUGUCCAUUUGGGAGACUAGGAGUUCUUCAUGAAAAGCUAAGAACUAUUAGCCAAGUGAACAGACACAUAAAAUGUUAUAAAGAAGAUAUAAGGGAACAUGAAAACCCCAAAGCCCUGACUUAAAUAGGUAGUAAACGGUGGAUCUUUUUUGGAACAGAGUAACAUGGUUUCUGUCUCUUUCCCUGUGAAACCUCUCUGCCCCUUCACCAUGUCCUGUUACAGAAGACAAACUCAGAUUCAGGUGAAAACUGUGAUACUCUUCGUCUUUAAACAGUGAGGAAGGCACACUGAAAUUCUGUGUUUUAUUUUAACAGGAAAAUGUUACUCAUACACAUGCAUCAAAACUUCAUUCUGAACAGUAUAUAGAAAUUUCAGUGAGAAACCAGAUUUUAUUGCAAAAUAACAUGUACAUUCAUUAUUAUCAUAAGGUUUAUAUUUUCCAUGCUUAUUCCCUUAUUCGCUGGCAUAAGACAAUCAGGAAAGAACUGACCAGUGCCACAGCCAAUCAAGAUCUCAGAACAACUGAAGGAGUUAGAUGCCCUUAUAUGAAACUUGCAUUAAAUACAUUUAUACCUUUUCUGUGUAAGAAACAUCUCUUUGUCCCAAAUCCCUUAUGUACCAAAUGUAUUUGGCAUAAUCUUUACAAUUGCCUGUUAAUCCUUUAUAUCUCAUUUCAUUCGACAUAGAAAAUCAUUGUUUCUUCUAUCAAGGAGAUGCCUUGUGAUCUCCAGGAGUUACAUAUUUUGAAAUGUGACAUUUUGUGUAGCACUUUGUAACAGUGAAGGCGAUAACAGCACUUUGCUACUUUUCAAUUACAUGAUAGAUAACUUUGUAUCUACACAAAGAAAAUAAAAAUUGCAAACAUAACUACUUCUCUGUGAUCUACAGUUUAUCAGUACAAUGAUUUAAAAGUACAUUGUAUUGGCCAGCAUCAUGGUAGGUUAAGCUGACACCUGAGACACCGGCAUCCCAUAAGAAAGCUGGUUCAAGUCCCAGCUGCUCCUCUUCUGAUCCAGCUUUCCCUGCCUGGGAAGGCAGCAGAAGAUGGCCCAAGUACUUGGGCCCCUUCCACCCACAAGGGAGACUGGGAUUAAGUUUCUGGUUCCUGUCUUUUGCCAGGCCCAACCCAUUCUGUUGCAAUUAUUUGGGAAAUGAACCAGUGGAUGGAAGAUCUUUUUUUUCUUUCUCUCCCUUUCUGUAACUCUGCCUUUAAAAUAAAUAAAUAAAUCCUUAAAAUCAUUUUAUGAUAAAAGUUGCCCUGUUCAGUUUUUUAUAAUGCCCUUUUUACAUGCUGCUACUAGCUUU